GGAGCUGGUCCCAAGUGUGCAACGGAAAAAAUAAACGCCAACAAUUCCAAAACGCAAAACACAUAAAAUUGGCGUGCUGAAAUAUCCCAAAGGCCAAAAGCUUGCGUUCGCGCAUUGCGGCGACCAUGUUUUCGAAACUUUUUUGGAUCGUCGCGGUCGCGUGGUUGGUCAAGGUGUCGCCGAGUGGCAGCAGCAUGCCCGUCAAGGGAGUGCAAUGCGUCUCCGACAUCGCCUUCACAAUCAUUGCCGAAGUUUUCAACAGUCCGGUGGACAUCGGUGUGCGUCUCUACUGCCCGAAGGGACAUCAUUGUGUUAGUCAAUCGGAAUCGCCCUGCCAUCCAAACUAUGUUGCGCCUACGAUUACCUCAACCACAACUCCAACCACAACCCGGCCAACAACCACGACAGAUUCAACAAAUCUCACUGUUAUGUCAACAGAAGCCUCCGCAACAUUUUUGGGCGACAUAACCUGCAAUGGACCAGGAUAUUUUCCCGCUGGCAAAUGCAACGAAUACUACGAAUGCGCCCCACUGUACAAGUGGUUCAAAGCUAUCCUGGCGACAUGCAAGGAAGGCUACUUCUUCAGCGAGGUUAACAAGCCAUGCAGCAUGCCGCCGAACGUUGUUUGUACAGAUGUAUCAUAGUUUUUUUAUGCUUUCGUGCGUAACUGAGGGUACAAUAAAUUAAAUAUUAAAUAUC